GCGGGCAGGGCUCCCCGGCGGCCGCCAGGCGUCGCCGUCGCCGGGCCGCCUUUCGCUUCGGCUUGGCCGUGCCGCCCGGCCCUGCCCGGAGUGACGCGGCGGGGCGCCAGCGGCCAAUGGCGGGCGGCGCGGCGCCGCGGGGCAGCGGCGGCGGGCGGGCGGCGCCAUGGAGGAGCAGCCGGCGGCGGCGGAGGAGGAGCGGGUGCUGCGGGACUACCUGGCCUACUACGCGGCCCGAGGGGCCGAGGGGCGGCUGGCGGCAUGCGACGAGGCCGCCCUGAAGGCGAGGGCUCGCCGGCUGCUGGAGCCGCGGCGGCGGGGCGGCCUGGACGUGCGCGGCGUGGCCGAGCGGUGCCGGCGGGCCCGCGGGCAGCGGGGGGGUGGCUGCGGCGUCCUGAGGGACCUGCUGAAGGCACUGGAGGUCCUGGAGCUGCUCUGCGUCAACCUGCUGCUGUCCCCGUGGAGGAAGGAGAUCAAGUCGCUGAAGACAUUCACCGGUAAUUUUGUCUACUAUAUUCAAUCUGUGCUCCCAGAUGACAUAGUAAAAACAGUACUGGAGAAAAUAGGUUACAUUGCAACAACAGAAACAGAGUUUUCACUUGUCAGAAAGCGAAACAAUGAGGAAACAAAGCAGACUGCAUUUGAAAUAUUCCUGGCAAGAAUUGAGUGUGAAACCAUCCUCGAAAUGACAAAUGAAGAAAAACAUGGCAAUUUGGAGAAGACCCUGCAGAAGAGAACACAAACGCACUGGCAUCAUGGAAAUAAGGACAAAGAAGAUCAGACACCCCAGAGAGAAGACUCUGAAAACAUAGAAAAUAAAGAAAACAGAGAAACAUCUUUGUGCCUUGCUAUGCAAGCCAAGUCUUCAACUAAUAGCGAUAAAUCCUUUGAAGCUGCAGGGAAUCUUAAGAUCAAAGAUGACAUGCCUCAGUUAGCGGUUACUCAAUCCACUAACAGGCUUCAGGAACACCAAAGGCAAGUCAUUAGCACAGCACACUUUCCGGGCAAAUGCUCAGACAGCGAGGACUUCUUGAUCAAAUACAGCGACAUUGUCAUAAGACAGACACCUAUUUUCAGUGAGAAUCUUUCUCCAAAAGCUUUUGAAAAAAAGCCAAGAGCCAGUCUAAGUGAAGAAUGUGUUUUGGCAGUCACUGCACAGUCAACUGUAAAUGAGAUCAGGCCUGUGCCACUCUCACCAGGAGCGAGCGGUCCACCAGCCUUUGCAAUAUUUGCUGACAGCUCUUGUAACAGUCAGAACACGUUGGAGUUUGAAGCUCAAGAAGUGCCUGAAGAAUCAAUUGAAGCAAAAAUUAGCGAUGCCAUAAAUUGUGUAGACCCAGAUCCUGCAGAUGAACCCAAUGAGCUGAAGUCUCUGCCAUACAAGGACAUUGCCUCUGUCCAAAACUGCGGUGUCACUAGGGAAGAGGAAGUUUGUGAGCUGUCUUUAACCUUCACAAAACUACAAGUCAAGGACACUCAGGAAGAUCUGAUGUAUCCAGUAGAGGAAACUGGGCAACCUCAGUCAGUAUCAUAUGCAACUACAAGUGACAGGAAUGUAGGAGAAUUUAAUCAGUCCAAAGUAAAAUGCACAUACCUGACCAAUGCUCAAAUGCAGAACCAAGCAGCUGCGUGUAUUGAGCCAUCUUCAGAUCUGUGCUGUACUACUGGGAGCAUGGAGGAUCCCACUACUGAUUCUGAUAGCAAGAGACUAUUAAUGGAUACUCCUAAUGCACACGCAGCUUGUGAGUGCUUCAGACGUAUUAGAGAGCCCCCAAAUCCCACCUACAUUCCACCACAAAGUAUUAAUGUUCAGUCUCCAAGCAGAAGAAGCACCAGUGCACCGGGCAGAAGGAACCUCUUGCAGCCUGAUAGUGACUCUCCCAAAUCCAGUGAAGUAAAGCUGGAAAACUAUAAUUCAAAAGUAAACGAAAUCCAGGAGCCUUAUGUCAUUAUUGACAAAAGUGACCCAGGAAUGUUGUGCCAGAACACUUGAUUCUAACAGUGCUUUAUUUGUAAUACCCCCUUGGGUAACCCACUUAGUUUUUGAACAACUAUCUGCUGGAGUCCUGUCAUCAAGGCAAGACU